AGAGAGAGAAGUAAGCUUAAUCAAGAUCCUCUCUCUCAAAGAAGAUACCUGGAUUCUCUCUCUCUUCUGUAAGAAGACGGCAAUGCAAUGUAUUAGUUCGUUUUUCACGCAAGAAUGUGUCCGGUAGUGGUUAAUCUGCAAUAUUCAGAUUUCAAUCCCAAUGCCCCCAAAACCCAACCUUCUAUCUAAUGUCACCUGCAGAGUUGCAGUAGACCUGAAAUCGUGUUUGAGAGAGAGAGAGGCUAAUAGUUUUUAAACAAACCCCCUCAUUCAUCAUGCCUCUCUCUCUCUCAGAAAAAUGGCGGGGAUCUUCAGCUUCUUGCUCUCUAAGAGAAAGGCUCGGAGUUCUCAGUUAGAGAGAACUUAUUGCCACAGUUAAUCUGAAAUUUGUAAUGAGUUUCAAUCCAAAAGAAGGCAGGCAGCUUCCUUGAGCUUCAAGAGAUAGUUUGGGUCUGUCGGUUUUCCGUCGAAAACGGACUCCAAUCUUUGCUCAUGAACCACAUGGUCACAUUACCUUUUCUCUCUCAUCACCCCCUGCCCAAGCAUGACCUGAGAGAUGAGUUUGAGGAAUUUUUGCUCGAAAGAACUUCUCUCCCAACUCACAAUUCUCUCUCGAAACCCGCCCUCUCCCCCAAACUCGACCAUCUUCGCUGACCUCCUGCGAAUAUGCAUCAACCAGAAGUCCAUUAGUGGCACCCGAGCCACCCACUCUCGACUCCUCAAAACUCAGUUCUCCACCGAGGUCUUCAUUGUCAACCGCCUCAUCGAUGCAUAUGCCAAAUGUCACAGCAUUGAUAGUGCGCGCUCCCUGUUUGAUCAAAUGCUGCAGAGAAAUACCUUCUCUUGGAACACAAUGAUCACUGGCUAUGCCAAAUCGAAUGACUUGACGAAUGCUUUCUCUCUCUUCGACUCAAUGCCUCAACCUGAUGAGGUCUCUUGGAAUGCCAUAAUCUCAGGGCUCUCCAAGCAAAAUUUUUGCAACAAAGCCUUAGAGUUCUUCACGAGAAUGCGCAAAGAAGGCUUCAAGCCUGACCUCUUCUCAUAUGCUAGCAUUUUGAGUGCAUGUUCAGGGCUAAUGGCUUUAGAAACAGGCAUACAAAUCCAUGGGAGCAUAGCAAAGAACCCAUUUUACUCUGAUGUCUACAUGGGGAGCGCACUCGUAGAUUUGUACUCAAAAUGUGGGGCUGUUGACCAUGCUCGUCAGGUUUUUGACGCAAUGCCAGAGCGUAAUGUGGUGUCAUGGAAUAGUUUGAUUACAGGCUAUGUUCAAAACAAUCGUGCAGUUGAAGCGUUGGCUUUGUUCUUAAAAAUGUGUGUCGCGGUCGGCCCUGAUGAGGUCACCUUAGCAAGCCUAGCAAGCGCGUGUGCAGGCCUCUCAGCAAAGUGCGGGACCCAAGUGCAUGGGCACUCAAUUGUGUGUGGCUAUGGCGACGAUUUGGUGUUAGGAAAUGCUUUGGUGGAUAUGUACGCAAAAUGCGGAAUGGUAGAGGAGGCUCGACGUGUGUUUGAUUGGAUGCCAGUAAGAGAUGUCGUGUCGGGGACUUCUAUUGUUUCAGGUUAUGCUAAGCUUUCGAGUGUCAGGGAUGCAUAUCUUAUGUUUGAGAAGAUGCCUGAAAGGAAUGUGAUAUCGUGGAAUGCUCUUAUAGCGGGGUAUUCACAGAGCAGGAGAGAAGAGGACGCCCUUGGUCUCUUCAAGCUCAUGAAACGCGAGGCUAUCGAGCCAACACACUACACCUUUGGCAAUGUGCUUGGAGCUUGCGCUAAUCUCUCUGACUUAGAACAUGGUCGACAAAUUCACACCCAUGUCGUCAAGCUAGGGUUUCAUUUCGAGUCCGGGCCCCAUGACUCAGACAUAUUUGUAGGGAACUCACUUGUUGAUAUGUAUGCAAAGUGUGGGUGCAUUAUUGAUGCUUUUCGAGCAUUUGAGAUGAUGAAAGAGAGAGAUAGGAUCUCAUGGAAUGCGAUGAUCAUGGGGUAUGCUCAGAAUGGGCAUGGUAUGGAAGCUCUCAAGCUCUAUGAAAGGAUGAUCUCAUCAUUAGAGAAGCCAGAUCAUGUUACCAUGAUCGGGGUUCUAUGCGCAUGUAGCCAUGCUGGCCUGGUCGAAGAGGGAAUGAAGUACUUUCGAUCCAUGACCGAAGAGCACGGCAUGGUACCCACGAAGGAUCAUUAUACAUGCAUGGUGGACCUCAUGGGUAGAGCUGGGCUUUUAAACGAAGCAGAACUGUUUAUAAUUAGCAUGCCCAUGCCUCCCGAUUCUAUCUUAUGGGGGUCAUUGCUUGCAGCCUGUAGAGUUCAUGGAAAUGUAGAAUUGGGUAGAAGGGUGGCAGAGAGGCUCUUCGAGCUUGAUCCAAAGAACUCAGGCUAUUAUGUGCUUCUAUCUAAUAUAUUCACUGAUUUGGGGAGAUGGCGAGAGGCUGGUAGAGUGAGAAAAUUGAUGAGAGCGAGAGGGAUUAUAAAGCAACCAGGUUGUAGUUGGAUUGAGAUUAAGAACCAGAUUCAUGUGUUUAUGGUGAGAGAUAGGUCGCAUUCUCAAACAAAUGAAAUAUAUGCAAUGUUGAGAGUGCUAGAAGCUCAAACAAAAGGAGCAGGUUAUGUUGCCUCUAUGUUUGAGAUGGCUGAUGAGUAAUAGGAACAUGAAUUUGGUGAGAGUUGUCCAUUUUGGUUGGAUAGUGAUCUACUGUUGGAGAACAUGAUAGAAAUUUGUGUUUCUCCAUGCAUGAUAAUAAUUAAUCAAUUCUCAAAUUUAUUCACAUUAUUGAUCUGCAUCAAAUUC